AUGCUCGCCGAAGCCAUCUGUGCUCACGAACAGAACGACACCCGUGCCGCCGAAACAUCGCUGUGUGCCCAAGACACCCACACCCGUGCCGACCAAUACGUCGACACACAAAAAGUGCUCUCCAAAGACCCCUGCACCAGCAACUGUGCCGCCGACGCCGACGCCAACGCGAAAGAUCUGCUCGACAAAAACGAAGACGCCAACGCCGUGCACCGAGAUGCCACGUCCGCCAUCGCACGUAGGCGCGACCCCAACAACGACCACAGCGACGACUUCGGUGUCCGAGACAACGCAACCGACGACGCCGGACGCGACGAUCCCAUCCACGAAGCGACCGAAGUGCACUAAGAAGACACCGGCGCCAGAGCCGACGCACACGGAGGAAGUGCCCCGCCAUGGUACAUGCGUCGGA